AGUCGGGAGGGUAGAACGAGAUUUUCACGAAGGCAGAUUACCAAGUAGCGAUGGCAGGAGAGAGCCCACAAUGAGAUACGGUUUGAAAGUGGCAUUCGGAAUUUCUAGGAAGCGUGUUGUUAUCAUACUUCAAGAUGGGUUGAUAGUGGAAAGUGUGCGUUUGGGUGCUUUGGUGCAGCCAGCUGGAAGAAAGUCAGCACAAGACAUUUGCAAGAUCAUAGAAAGCGUCGAAAUUCAUCUCACAACGUGCAUGGCGUAUGGCGAAUACUCCAACAUUAAAGCAACACCAAAAACUACCAUUAUUUUUCCAAGGACCUCUGCUUCACAGAUUCACCCAUUUCCAUCGUGGCCAAACCUUAUGGCUAGUGCGCUACCGAUCGAUCCAUGUAAUCCACACCGCUUUGGCCGCUUUGUCACCACCGCUGAAGCACGAUAAUGCGUGGGUACGGCGAAUGAGAGCCAGGACCAUCAAAUUGAGCCUCACAUCCGUGCUGACCUUUCACCAAAUCACCCGUCGCACCACGGCACGCCAUUUGCAGUGACCCCGUGGUGGCUUUCCGGCUGAUACCCCGGCAAUGAAAACGGCCCGGGUCGCGUGUGUGCGUGUGAAUGGGCCGUGUUAAAAUUGAAAUCUCUCACCCUCAUCAUCAGCUGUCAUCCCGAUGCGGCCAUUAAUCAUAGCUUAGGUAAGCGGAAAACGUGCGGAAUGCGUGUGCCGCGCACGGUCGCUAGAUGGCCGGCCAACGUGCCGCGCUGCCGCGACUGUGUGUUGGCGGUGCCCGGAUUGUCACGCGGCAUCGCGGCAGGAAGUGGUGACAAAUGAGUGUGGAAUCGUUUAUCACACUGCGCCCUACCUACCUGUGCCUGCUUGGUUGGUACCUGUGGUGGUGGUGUGAUGGUGCGUUGACGUGGGAGGUUGAAUUGCCUUCACUUCCUGACGGUACCACAAAUACGCUAACUGCCAAAGACAGUGCCAUAGCCCGUGCCUUUCAUCGCUGCUGUCCCGUUGCGCUUCCGUGCGCUACCGAGCAGCAGCGCAGGAAUGCGGGACCGCAUUGGAAUGCAAAUUUAUUCCCGGACGAUGCUACAACGACGAUGCAGCAGCAGCAACAGCAACAUGCGGAUGCGAUGUAAUUAAAUUAACUUGCACACACUUUCACUUUAAAUCAGGGAGCAUUAUUAGAGCGGUUGCGUUUGUGGUGUACCCAGAGCAACGCCGGAAGCAGAGCUUUAAAGGAGGAUGUAUCAGUCCACAUUGUACUUAAAUAGGACAUUGUUAAAGGCAGGAAGUGUUUAAAACCCCUUCCAAAUAGCUCAAAAGUUCAGCAGUGGUCUUUUAAUGAGGGUUUUGAAAUAUCCCUUUUAAAAUUUUCAUUUAAAAUUCCCAUACCUAUAUCGAUCGUGUGAUUGAUCGUGAAACCAUAUCGAUCCUGUAACUGAACCUGAACCUAUACAACUUUUGCAAAUUAUCCAGAUAUAAUAUUGGUUCUGGAAUUUAUUUAGAACCCAUACAGGUCCUGGAACUUAUCGUAAUCCUUUACAGAUGUUGGAACAUAUGCUGACCCUACAUCAAUAAUGGAACUGAUCCCGAACCCAUAUAGGUACUGAAAGUGAUCCAUAAUGUUGCUGGAACUAAUUUUGACUCCAUGGCUGAUCCUCAAAAUGUUCCUAAACCCAUACCGGUCCUGGAAAUGCUUCAGAAGCCUUAUAGAU